ACCCAGAGAGGAGCUGCUCAGACACAAUGUCCAACACACAACUCCUCAAAGCUGCGGUGCAUCAGAAACUGGCCGCAGCUGCUGAGGAGAUUUUCCGCCUGUUCGAACAAACUCUCAGAGACUAUGAGCAGGAGGUUGUUCUCUCGAAGCAGCGGAUGGAGCAGCAGCGCACACUGAGCCGGUGCCAAGUUCCUGUGCAGCUCUCUGUGGAGAAAGAGGACAUCCCGUCGGAGCAGGACCUCUGUGAGGAGGCGACUGACGUGGGCGAGGAUGACGAGGAGCUCCUGCAGGUUAAAGAUGAACAGGAGGAUGAACAGUGGGCCGCUCAGGCAGGUGAAAAGCAGGAGGAGGCUGACACCAAAGAGUCAAUGUUCAAUAUCAUCUAUGUGCAGAGAAGUGAUGAAGAUGGGAGACAGUCGCCUUGUCGAAGCCAAGAGGUUGAAAAUAGAGCAGACCCUUUGCCCAGCAACUCAUCUGUACAGCUGAGAGCAGAACCCGAGAGAGGCCGCUGUGGUGCGACAGAGCCGACCAGUGAAGACAGUGAUGAUGAGUGGAGAGACAGCAGUCCCCCUCUCUCAGGUGUAAAGAAACCCCUGAAAGCCGGGGAGACAGUAGAGAGGCCGUACACCUGCAGAGUGUGCAACAAGAAUUUCAGGGUUAAAUCCAUCCUGACUCGCCACAUGAAGACACACACAGGGGAGAAACCUUACAGCUGCAGUGUCUGCGGCAAAAGCUUCAUCCAGCGCUCCUAUCUGCACACUCACAUGAACUCGCACUCUGGACAGAAGCCGCACACGUGCAGUUACUGCGGCAGAGGAUUUACGCAGGUCGGGAACAUGAACGCUCACAUGCGGAUCCACACGGGGGAGAAGCCUCACAGCUGCUCCGACUGUGGCAAGAAUUUCAGAGAGAAAGCAGAUCUCAUCAAGCACACAAUAAUACACACUGGAGAGAAGCCAUACACCUGCACUGUGUGUACCAUGAGAUUCAGUGCUCACUCCAAUCUAACGCGCCACAUGAAGACUCAUUCAGGGGAGAAGCCAUACAGCUGUGCCGCCUGUGGGAAACGAUUCUUACGACGCUCCCAUUUAAUCAUUCACAUGAAGACUCAUGCAGGAGAGAACUCCUCAAAAAACCAUCACAACUGCCCAUGAUAUAGAGCCAAUGUAAGGUUCAGUUACAUUGGCUCUAAAGACACAGUUACGGCUACACUGGAUGACGAGGUAGAGGAGUAAAACCAAUAUCAAAAACAAUUUUCCCAUAAAUAAUCUUGUUUCUACGUAUAAUUCCUCGGUUGUUCAGUAGAUGCUCUUGCUUUGGAAGUUUAAAUUUUCCCAAUUUUAAA